AUGGAAGACAGAGUAGGAUACCCAUCCGUUUUUGUUGUGGAUGCCCCACAGAGAGAUUUCCCGUUUGUGCCCCCUGUGCCAAAGAGCCGGAAGAAAUGUCAGCAUGGGCAGCUGCUCCUGGGAAUCUUGAUGCUGCUGAUGCUGGCUGGCUUAGUCAUCCAAGCCUAUUACCUGAUCUGCUUCCGCAAGGAACUGGACAAAGCAACGGCACAGGCAGGAGCUGAUGCAACCUAUGAGAAAUUCGUACAAGGCUACACACCUACUGCUGAAAAGCCAGCCGCUCACUUGCCACUAGGGGCCUCUGUCACUGCGGCUGCGAACGGAGCUCUGCUGUGGCAGCACAAGCAAGGCUUUGCCUUGCUCCGGGACAUGGGGUACAAGGACGGCUCCCUGAUCUGCAACAAGUCUGGACUCUACUACAUCUACUCAAACCUCUUCUUGGGGCAUUCAGACUGCUCAAACACUCAACAGAAGAGGCUGGAUGUCACCCACAAAAUUUACAAGUGGACUUCUCAGUAUCCAAAGGAGAUAGAGCUGCUGGCCAACAGCAUUCCCUACUGCAAGGCUAGUCAAUCUUGGAGCCACAGCAGCUUCCUCGCCGGGGUGAUGCACCUAGAGGAGAACGACGAAGUCUUCAUCAGGGUGUCCGAGGCACGUCUGGUGCGGGUCAGUGAUGAGUCGAGAUCGUAUUUUGGUGCCUUCAUGAUCUGAAAGCAACUAGAACUGAGCACAGACAACUCUUUCUGUGGAGGAACGGCUUC